AUGGCGCCCUCACCACAAGUCAUGCCUCACAAUUCCUUAGAUUUGCUCUCCUCAUGGUCUCCGAGUCUAGCUGGAGCUGAACUUUCUAUAGGAGGCAACGAGGAAAGUCCGUGUGCUUCAAAGCAAAUUUCCACUUCUGAUAUAAACAGUGGAAAUCCCCAAAAACCUAAAUGCAGUGAUGGAAUCCCAGGAGGAUAAGCCUCAGCUGUGGCCCGUUCAGCUGUCUCUCCUAUGACCAGCAGGAGUAUACCCUCAGAAGGUGUCCCAUCUUCACCAAGCCAUGUUCAGAAAGGGGCAUCAUUCUUGGCUUAUGCAGAUGACAAGGCACACUGGGAUAGCAUGGAUCCAGGCACAUCAAGUAGCUUGGAAAGGCUGCGAAAAACAGACUUUUUGAGUCUAGCAAGUCAAAGCAAAGCUGUUGAUCCCAAGAAAGGAAAUCUGAUUGUGUUACUUCAUGAUUUUUACUGUGGACAGCAUAAAGGAGACGAGCAGCCAGAACAGAACACUUAUACAAACUUUAAAUGCCUCAGCUGCUUGAAAGUUCUAAAAAGUGUUAAGUUCAUGAAUCACGUGAGGAAUCAUUUGGAACUUGAGAAGCAGAGAGGUGAUGGCUGGGAAAUCCACACCACCUGCCAGCACUGCCAUCGGCAGUUUCCCACUCCCUUCCAGCUGCAAUGUCACAUCGAAAGUGUGCACACUACCCAGGAGCCCUCCACUGUCUGUAAAAUUUGUGAAUUGUCUUUUGAAAUAGAUCAGCUUCUCUUACAGCACAUGGAGGACAAUCAUAAGCCUGGCAAAAUGCCCUAUGUGUGCCAAAUUUGCAAUUACAGAUCGUCAGCCUUUGCUGAUGUGGAAACACAUUUCAGAACAUGCCAGGAAAACACUAAGAAAUUGUUUUGUCCGUUUUGCCUUGAAAUUUUUAAAGCUGCAAUACCCUAUGGGAAUCAUCGUUGGAGGCAUUGGAACAAGAGAGUCUUUCAGUGUUCCAAGUGCCGGAUAUAGUUUUUAACUUCAAAGGAGAAAGUGGAGAGCCAAACCAAGAAUCAUCAUCCAUUUUAAAAGGCAGAGCAAUUGGAAGGGUUGCCUCCUGAAACAGUGGUUAUGAUUCAAACUUUAGUUCAACCAGGAUCAAGAGGUGGAGCAUUCAUUAUUGUUUCCAGGAAUUCAAAAGCCAUCACAGCUGCCCUCGCCCCUCUCAGCCAGAACCCACACCCAGUGGUCGCCAGGCGGGGCGCCAGAGAGCGCGCAUGCGCUCCACCCGGCCUCGCGGCCAAUCGGAUCGCAACGCCCGGGGCCGCGCCGACCUCGCGCCCGCAUCUGGCAGCCAAUCACAGGUCGCAGCGGGCGCGCGUGCGGAGGCGUCGGCGGCGUCGGCGGCGUCGGCGGCGCCUGGGGCCUGAGGAGGCGUCGUCGCCUCGGGCUCUGCCCGGGAGCGACUCCGGCCCGUCCGCCGCCCGCAGUUCCGGGACCGCCGUGGACGGCCACGGUAAGGGUGGGAGCGUGGCGCAGCCCGAGCGUUUUCGGAGGGGAGGUGGGAGGGAUUCCGCGGCCGCAGCUCCACAGGUCCGGACACCGCGUUGUCCGAGCGGCCUGUCCCUUUGCCGAGGCCCUCUGAAGGGAGGGUCGGGUAGGCGGCCCUGUCGCCCCAAGACCCCCUCCGCACGGGCCUCCUUCCCUGAGUUCAGCCUCCGCUCCCCGGAGCCCCGCGGGCAACCCCUUCUCCCAGGUCAGAGCAGAGCCCAGCCUCCUGGCAAAGGGCCUGUCAUGGCUCCCAGUGCCCCCGCCUGCUCCCGGGCUCCCCGCGCCCCUGGCUCCCCCUCCCCCGGCUUCCCCCUCCCCCUCCUUGGCGGUGGUCUCUUGUGGAGCUAA